AUUUACUAAAAUGAUUUUAUAUAAAGGCCUAAUGUAAUUAUGUGUGUCCAUUGUUCUAGCUCAGAUAAAAUUUUGCUACAAAGCAGCUUGCAGUUAGUUUCUCAGCAAAUAGAAAAAAACUCAAGUGUUGGAUUGACAGUGCAAUUGCAGUGAAUCCAGAAACUUUCAACAAAUAUCUGCUGACUCUCUCCCUGGCUCUGGCUCACUCAACAGAGAAAGCUGCAAUGACUAUAAUGUCCCGAUCUCCAGAUCACGUCAAAAGACCCAUGAAUGCUUUCAUGGUAUGGUCCAAGCAACGCAGAAAAGAACUUGCUCAAGAGAAUCCUCGUAUGCACAACUCAGAGCUCAGUAAGCAGCUAGGCUCAGAAUGGAAGGCCCUCAGUGAUGCAGCCAAAAGACCCUUCAUUGAUGAAGCAAAGAGGAUCAGAGAGCAACAUUUGAUAGACCAUCCUGGCUAUAGAUACAGACCAAGAAGAAAGCCGAAGAAUAUGUUUAAGAAGGUCACUGCAGCAGCCUAUGGCUCUAUGCCGAACAUUUCAAUGGGUUCUGGGCCUGCGAACAGUGCACAGUAUGCUGGCCAGCCUCUGCAAAUCGUAACUCUCCAACAACCACCACAACAACAAAGCCACACUCAGAUGGUCAAUACGCAGAUGGUCAACGCUCAGAUGGUCAACACGCUCUCUAGUCCAACAGCUUUCACUCCCGUUAGUAUCCCGAGCACGGGAGCACCAACUUACGUAUCGGGUGCUGGAGGUAUUAGCUAUGUAUUACCUAAGGGACAUAACUAUGUAUUACCCAAGGGACUCCUUGCCCCUCAGAAUUACUCCGGCCCAACAACGUUCCUGCAACCUGCAAUUUAUUGCUCUCCUCAAUUCGCAACGUUCAACCCACAAAUGCUCUCAGCAGGUAUUCCCGGUACGACCAUUCAGAUAAUGACGAGUGCAGGCUCUGAUGUCACACACACAGCUCAAAGCUCUGACGGCCAUUCUGUCCAUAGCAAUGUCAGCUCUCCAGGAUCUGCACGACCAAUGUUCCAGACUGAUCCACCAUUUGGACUGCUGAAGCCAGGAACAGAUUCCUCAAGUUCGUCAGGGAUAAGCUCUCUCUCGGGCGCCAGCUCUCCUCUACCGACUGCAGACAGCAUUAAGAGUCAGUCUAAUCCACAGAUCUCUCCUUCCAAGCAAGCAGCUGCUCCUCCGCCCCUCUACUCGCCAACAAUGGGCUACAUUUUGCAAAACCCUGGCAACCAAGCUCCCCUACGCUCGGCUAUCAGCAUGCCUGAUCUUCACAACGGAAGUACGAUUGGAAGACACCCGGCAAUGUGCACCUGCAUGCAGUGUUCAAUGAUGAAGCAGCAACACCACGUACAACAAAUACAGAUGUCUGGACAUUCAGGAGAAAUGAAACCAGCUACUUACAUUUUACUUCAACACCCACCCUCAUCAGGCAUAACUCAUAACGUUGUAUCCCCAGUCACCAGUUAAACCUCUCAUGAUGUGUUAACCUUAAUUUCUUUUGAACAUUUCAGCGUUCAUCAUUCACCACAUGCGCAAUAUUGACCUAAAGCUGCCAUAUACCCCAUACAAACACAAGCUGAACUAGCAUCUCCAUUACUGUGCAAUUGACUGACUAAUUUUGUGAACAGGUAUAGACUAAUUUUGACGUUUUUUGAUUUACUGACAUACUGUUUAUCUGAUUCUUGUUGUGCUCUCACAUAAAGUAAUUUUUACCAAAUAUUAAGUUCACUGAAACUGA